AUGUGGAACCAGGUGCUGCGGCGCGUCGUGCACGCCGAGGAGCAGCAGCAGGCCGAGCGUCGUCGACAGCAACUAGCACAAGCUUGUUCCGCAGACCCUGCCUCUUCGAAUGCGACCUUAGCGAGAUCCGACGUCUCCGCAGAAGCCUCGCAAUCGGCAUCAGAAGGCGAGAACCCCGUCGCGGUAGCCCCCACCACUGCUAAUGCAGCUACAGAGCCUAGUGAUAACGCGACACACGUGGAAGAGGCAGAGGAAGAUGACGACUAUCUACAGAAACACUUAUUAUCACGUCCAACGUCGACUUGGAGCUGUCUGGAAGACACGCAACAGGCCAAUUGCCUGUCUCUCAACGCUCCGCACACACUCGUGGCGGUGGGCGAGCGCGACGGUCGCGUGACGAUCUGGGACAAUACGAGUAUCCGCGUGAUCACACGCGAGCUGGACCCGACUCUUAUUGCUGUGGAGUCUCCUACAGGCGAGACGGUCAAUGGACAGGAUGAUUCCACUUCCAAAGCCGACGGGGCAAAGAAGACAGAUGCAGACGGAUCAGUGGAGAACGACGACGCGUCAGUAGAAGAUGAAGACGACGAGAGAACCGAAGACGCGUCAGUGGAAGAAGCCACGGAAGAAGACGAAGCAGACGAGGAUAACAACGAGAGUGAAGAGACCAAGACGGAGGACGAAGCGGACGCCUCAGCAGGUGGAACUGUGGUGACUCUAUCCGAUCUCCGUGUAGUCAAGACAGCUCUCAAAGUGGUUUCUCAAUGCGUGUGGUCGUGUGAUUCUCAUUGGCUGUUUGCUGGUUGCGAGGAGAAGUCGACACGUCGGGCGAGACUUUGUGUGUGGAACGUCGAGGCCGCGACACUCGUGUCGGCGUUCAGAUUCGACGGGACGAUCACGGCCUUGAGUGCGCAUCCAUACGACCCAAAGUUGGUACUUGUGAGCUUCUGGAACUCUCGUCCAGUGCUACUGAACGUGGUGACUGGAGAUAGAGCACAACUCGAGAAUGUCCCGCUGGAAAACGCGGAAGUUGCCCAACCAACGCCUCAGAAUAAUUCUCGCCAUCCUCUGCUUGCAUCUUGUGCGAGAUAUGGGCGUUCUGGGACGCGUAUCUACUGCGCCACGUCGAAAUCAACACUGGCGAUACUGGACGCGACGACUUUGCAGUGUCUGGACAGCUUGAAGCUCAACGUGAUCAUCCAAUUUGUCGAUUUGAGCGUCAACUUACGUGAAAACGCGAUGUUACUCACGAGCUCCAAGGGCAUCCACGAGUUCGUCAUGGAUUCCACGACUGCGACCGAGGAGCAUCCGCUAGGACUACGAGAGGUGGCGUUACACUCGACGGGUGCAGUACGCGCACCUUGGGCAGUUUGUUGCUUCAGUGGCGGCGAGGAGUUCGUGGUUGGGACUCCAGUUGUGCGUCAUCGUCACGUCGGAGAGAACGGUUUGUUCACGUGGCAUCGCGCCUCGGUUUUAAACAAGACAACAGCUCAGCACAACGUCGGAGUGAAGGACGGAGUGCUCGCAUUAGCGUGGGAUCACUCGAGACAGAGCGUGUUAGCGGUCUCGACCAGUGGAGCGCUGCAUGUGCUCGAGGAACAAUUCACUACUUCGUGGCCAGGAGCGAUGUAUCCUGCGGGGUUUCGACUCAUCACGGACAACGAAUUACAUCUCAACGUGUUCGAUCGAGACGCGCAAGAGCGGAAACAAGAGAAGGAGAAACUCACGGAAGCCGCGAAGAGUGCUCCGGUGGAUGUGUUUUCUGUUCAAGGUCCGUCAGAGGAGUUCCCUGCGGAAGAUGAUACCGCUGAAGCUUCACUUCUUGACACUAAAUUUGAGAAGCCGUGCUUUAUCCCAGCCAUUCCGAUCGCUUAUUACCACCGACGACACGUCCAUCAAGUUCACGGAUUGCCAUACAACGAGGACAAGCACUUUGGUCUGGGUCAAAGCGUGUUUGAGCCACUUAAAGGGGCGUUGGGUAAGCAGAAGAAGAGCAGUUCGAGGAAGUCCAAGAGCAGCAAGAAGCGACGGCGCAGAUAG